CGAGACCGUACGUGCCUCUGUAAUACGUCAUGACGCACUCUUAGCAACCAUCAUGGCGACCGAGAAGCUUUGUAACGGGAUGCUACUUAGUUAGCUAGUUCGAAAGAUGUGCUGCUUUUAUAUCUGCCAUUAGGUAGUCAAGUGAAUUUCUGGAUGUUUUUGUUGAUAGCACUGUAAUGUAUAUGUCUGUAGAAGUAGCUGUUUACAGCGACAGUUCUGUUGUAUUCUGAGCAUGGGAUACUUGGCUGUGUUUCCAAUCAUGGAUGGAAAGCGAGCACACUGCCUUGGCUCGACUGGUAAACUGACUAAUCAACGCCUUAUUGAAGAUCACAUGAUCUCUCAUUACAAAAGACUGUAUUCAGCAAAAGCUGCAGUAGACUGUUCAGUACCCCAAAGUAUGCGUUGUAAUGUAAAAUAUAUUGACCAGAAGCGGGCACAAUCAGUAAGGUCCCUUUCACAGAGAAGCCUCAGGUUGGAUAAUAUUACCUCUUGCUCAUCCAGAAAUGCCAGACCCUCUGCUCGAGGUGCUGAGAGUGCCUAUUUUAACUCAGGUGACUCUGACAUGUCCUCCCCAAGGUUCAGUACUUCAUUCCAUUGUAAGCAAAUUGUGUAUCCUUCCCAAAUGGCCACACAGUCUCAGAACUGUCGGCCGUCUUCAGAAUUAAGUUACAGAAGCCCAAAACCUCAAAGGCACAACUUUACUCUUUCGUGUGCCACAUCUUCAAGUCAGGAGAAGUUUAAAAGUUUUCAAGACCCUACACAGAAAACCUACAGUGGUGACAUUCUACUUAAACAUGCUCACUGCUUCACAGAAGAAAAGCCUUUCACCCCCAGAACUCUGAAAACAGAUUGCAAAUCCACUCUGUCUAACUAUCGAUAUUACACUCCUGCAAGUAGGAAAGGAGCUGAAGAAAGGACACCCUCUAAACAUAAUCAACCAGACAGUCAACACAGAAGCAAGCGAAGAUCUUCAGCAGAACAGGACUCACCCAAGCUAUGCAGUGUUGGCCAUGAGUGGUCUGAUGAAGAGUCAAACGUAUUUGGAUAUUAUGGCACUGCAAAUAAAUUCAGAGCCAGUGACUUUUUUCUUAGCUCCUCAAGGGUAUCACCAGAGGGAAUGAGGUCCCCAAUAAUGAGAAAAGUAACAGCAGAAGAGGAAGAAUUAAUGUAUCUGGAGUUUAUUGCUGAUGUAACAAAUGAGAUUAUACUACGGGGCAUCUAUUCUGACAGAGUACUGGAGCGGGUGUUUGAGCGUCACAUUGAUAUGAAUAAACAUCGGUUAGCUGAAGACAAAAUGCGCCACCUUCUGGAAGCACUGCAGAAUGAUUUGCAAAAGCCCCCUUCUUCUUCUGUUACUGUUCUUGAGAACAAGGAAAGAGACAGUUCUUUAUCGUACAGAUUCAAGAACUCAAGUCUUCAGCAAGAGUUGGGAAAUUUUGUGACAGACAAUACCAGCCUUCUCUCUUUUACGCCCUUAAGGGAUAAGGACUCAUGGGAACCUGAUGGUGUCACUCCUAGAUUAGAUACCACACCAGUAAAUGGCAGCAUUUCAGAGAAUGCUAAAUCUGUUAGACAAGAAGAUAAAAAGGACCUAAUGGACCUGGAACGAGAUCAUAAAAAAGGAAAUGCAAUAUCUGCAGGUUUGGAAAACCAUCAGCUCAAUGAAGAAGACAGGCAUCAGAGCUGUGCAGAUAAUGAUGACCUUGAUGAACUUGGAAGAAACAUGGCAGAGUCCUUAAAUGUGUCUGAGAUUCACAGCUCACAAGAGGUCAUUGAACAAGAGUCAUUUGUGAAACUUAGUGAUGAUGAGUUUUGACAUACUGUAUAUCUAUUCAGUUCAAGUAUUCAGUUAACUUUCCAAGGGCAAGUAACUAUAAUAAAGACAUUGCUGAGUGUUUACUUCAUGGUUUUCUGGUCUCAGGUGGAACUUUAGAUUAUUUUACAGUUUAGGGAAGAAUAUUACCUCCUAGUGCAUUUUUGCAGUCCCUAUCCAAAGCAACCACCCUGAAGAGAAGGGACUUAUGUUGCUGCAGAUAACAUCACUUGUCCAGUUCACAGCUGCUAAAUAAAUACAGUAAAUAGUUUACAUGGAACAGUACAAUGCAGCUCAUAAGCAUUUGGAGAGUGACAUUUUUAAUGUACACCACCUUGUUGACAAUGAAACUGUGAUCAUGAAAUGCUGAUCAAUUGUUAAUUGGUCUGUAUGUAUUGUUGCUUCAUUAGUUAAUGUACAAGAAAGCUAACAGAAACUGUGGAGUUCAUCCUAAAUGCAGCAUUUGGAUUUGGUGUAUUUUGCUUUUGUUGCACAACAUAUGAACCAGAUAAGUUUUAAUAACAGUAAAGGAGGUAUUCAUAAGACUGAAAUCUCACAAUUUAGCAGAGCUACUGGCAAAACAUUAAAUGUGCUUUAGAAAACAACAUUUGUUAGCUUUUUAGAAGCAAUAAUGAAUUAUUGAGAUUAGUAAGGGCCAUGGUAGGUCAUGGAGAACUAAAGAUAUAUAUUUUCAUUGUUAAAGACAAACAUUUUUUUGAACAUAUCAAGACCACAGUUUUGAGGAUGAAGGCACAGAUUUGUUAAACACUAGCUACCAUAAUGCUGCAGGGAUUAUUUUGAUGGAAAGAUUUUUCAAUGCAGGUGCUCAUAGUCAAUUCCACGUUUAUUUAAUUACUUUUAUUAAUAAAUAAAUUAAUAUGAA